AUGGCGAAUCCCACGUCCGAAGCUUCGGACGACACACUGAGCCAUGAAGCCGCUCAACAUGCGUUGCAUAAGCAAGAUACACACCUCAGUCGAAUGUCAACACGGCGCACCCUCGAACGCUAUGAAACGCGACCUACACAGGACGCCGCCGAGGUCCUCGACCUGCCCUAUGACAUCCUUUCCGACGAGGCCAACAUGGCCGAAUAUACGGAGGAAACAGCCGAGGGUAUCAUACCAAAGCGAACCAUCUCUCGUGUAACUGGCCGCGAGGAGGAGCACGAACUAGUAACCUUCACAAUCAACGACCCUCAAAAUCCCAAGAACUGGUCGAAGCCGUACAAAUGGUGGUGUACCAUGGUGGUCGCCUUUACUUGUUUCGUUGUGGCGUUCAACAGUGCUGUCAUCACUGCUGACCUGGAAGGCGUCAUGAAAACAUUCAACGUUUCCCAGGAAGUAGCCCUCCUUACUAUCACCAUGUUUGUCAUCGGUUUCGGCGUUGGUCCCCUCGUAUUCGCGCCGGCGAGCGAGCUUUUCGGCAGAAAACCAGUAUACAUCAUCACCAUCGGUGUGGCUGUCAUCUUCGAGAUUCCCUGUGCGGUAGCCCAAAAUAUCGGCACACUGUUGGUUUGUCGACUUAUCGACGGUAUCGCUUUCUCCGCGCCCAUGACCCUCGUCGGUGGCACCCUCGCAGAUCUCUGGCGCAAUGAAGAAAGAGGCGUUCCCAUGGCGGUCUUCAGCGCCGCUCCCUUUAUCGGUCCCGCGAUCGGUCCCCUUGCUGGUGGCUUCCUUGGUGAUGCCGCUGGUUGGAGAUGGCUAUACUGGAUUCAGCUUAUCCUUGCUGGCGUUUCUUGGGGUCUCCUCACCCUCACCAUCCCCGAAACUUAUGCUCCAGCCAUAUUGACGAAGCGCGCUAAGAAGUUGCGUAAAGAGACUGGAGACGCCAGGUACGUCACAGAGCAGGAAAUUGACAAGCGACCUUUCAGCGAACAAGUAUGGAUCUUUCUCAUCCGGCCUCUUCAACUCUUGUUCCUCGAACCUAUCGUGUUCCUGAUCAGUCUCUACAUGUCAGUCCUGUACGGCCUAUUGUACAUGUUCUUCGUCGCCUAUCCCAUCGUCUACGUCGAAGGCAAAGGUUGGACCGAGGGAAGUACAGGGCUGAUGUUCAUUCCCCUGGCCCUGGGUGUGAUCUGUUCCGCAGCCUGCGCCCCGUUCGUCAACAAACACUAUCUCAGCAUCUGUGCUCGUUACCCAGAUGGUAAGCCACCUGCAGAGGCACGAUUAAUUCCCAUGAUGUUCAGCUGCUGGUUCAUCCCCAUUGGACUGUUCAUCUUCGCGUGGACCUCGUAUCCUGAUCUCAGCUACUGGGGACCCAUGAUGGGCGGCUUCCCCGUGGGUUUUGGUUUCAUCUUCCUCUACAACAGCGCCAACAACUACCUCGUUGACACAUACCAGCACCAAGCUGCCAGCGCGUUGGCUGCAAAGACUUGUAUUCGAAGUUUCUGGGGCGCCGGCGUCGUUCUGUUUACCGAGCAGAUGUACCACACUCUCAACGACAGAUGGGCGAGUACCUUGUUGGCAUUCAUCGCUCUGGCUUGUUGUUUGAUUCCAUACAUCUUCUAUUUCAAGGGCGCGAGUAUCAGAAAGCACUCGAAAUUUGCUUUUGCCGAUGACGACGAGAGUGUCAAUUCUAAUGAGAAGGCGUGA